AUCUGCCCCCCCGUGCACGCCCACUGGCUGGAAGUUUUAAUCCACCAGCAGUCAGCUUUUCAAAAUUAAUAAAUUUGAUAAGGUAGAAUUAAAUCUAUUUAGUUUUUCAGAAUUAAAAAAAAGUCACAUUACAAUCAGUCAGAUAGGAAAUAUCUGUCAUGCAGGUGAAAUCUGGGACAUGUAGGAGACUGUUAAACUGCAAAAGGAAAGUAAAUUGCACUGACGUAACAUGGACUGAUAGAUCUAGGUUGGUUCUACAACGUCUGUGCAAAGUGCAUGACCUAAAGAUUGUCACAUCUUUUUAUAAUAAGAAAAAUCUAUGUGAAGUUCAAGACUGUUUUAGGAACUGGGAAGUUGCACUUCCAAAUCAAAUUCUGUCACCAAAUACAAACAACAACAAGUAGGUUGAGUUGGUUAUUACAUUAAGUUAUCGCCUACAACACCAGAAACAAAGGAUGGAAACAGUUAGAAGACCAGUGUGUUUUUGUUGUCUACUGUAUUCAGGGUGAUCAAAUUUAGCAUAUUCAAAACUUUAUUUUUCAAUAUCACAUUGUGCUGUAUAUGUUUAGCUUUUCACAGCAGCCAUUUCAACCGUACAGUAAUGUCAGUGCACAGAGGCGGGAAGUGACUUUUCCCAGCGAUCUUGAACACACAGUGAGUAAGUAAAACUUUUAUGGAUGGACUUCAGUCUGACUCAGGCUGCUCGGCUGACCACACCAAAGAGCUGCUCCUGUUUAGAGAUAUGCAACAUUUUUCAGAGAACUUUCAUGCUUUACUCCAGCGAAAAGAAAAAUCCAGCGUUUGUGUUUCGGUGAUGUAUCAUCUUCUUUUCCUUGCUGCCGCUUUGCUCACUUCUUGUACAGGAGAUUCCUCUGUGCGUAGUCCACCAGAGACGGUCCUGGCCUUCGCUGGUGAGGCUGUCAUUCUUCCCUGCAGUUUCAGUCCCACUGCCAGCGAUGAUUUUCCAACAGUGGAAUGGUCCAAGGAAGACCUGCAGCCCAAUGUCGUCUUCUUGUACCGGGAUGGCUGUGAGACUUAUGAGAUGAAGAAUCCGCUCUUCCAGUACAGAACAAGCUUCAUCCCAAAAGAACUGAAGAACAGAAACAUCUCAUUAAGGAUCUCCAACGUGCAGCUGACUGAUGCUGGGAUAUACCAAUGCAUGAGGCUCUGGAAGAACGGCCACCGGGACAUUACCACAGUGGAGCUUGUUGUGGCUGCAGUUUCUGAGCCAAAACUCUCAGUGCUUUCAGCUGAGAGUGGGGGAGUGACUCUUCAAUGUAAGGCCAGUUGCUGGCUGCCGGAGCCUGAGGUCCAGUUUCUGGAUGAUCAAGGAAACAACAUCUCUGCUGAAGACCCAAAAAGAGAUCAAAAUGCCAGCGGAUGUUACACUGUGACACAAAAAGUGACCCUCCAGGAUGCCACCAACAGGGUCACCUGCAGUGUUCACCAGCCGUACACCAACCAGACCAGGGUCACAGAGAUCCUCAUAGCAGCUGACUGCACGAGAUCCUGCUCUCUAACCACUGGCAUCGCUGUUGGAGAGGCCAUUGUACUUCUAUUAGCCUCAUUAUGCGGAUUAGCUGUAUCGUUAUGGAAGAGAUGUGGCAAACCUGCGGAGGGACGGAAAUUGCUGGUGAUGAGAAAGUCAUCAGAUCAAAGUACGAUGAGUGACACCUAUGAAAAUGAACCGUUUCUGGAGAGUGUGAGGGUUGAGAGGACUGACAGUCUGGGAGACAGCAGUAUUGAUAGGCUGACAAGACAGGUGGCUGAUCUCAAGUCAAAGCUUCAUGAGAAAGAAGAGACCAUCCGUCAACUACGGAACAAUAAAUCUCAAUUAAGUCCUGCUGUUUGCCAGUUUGGCCAGUCAUGCAGUCCUGCAACCUCGGUCAACAGCAACCCUCCAAAAUCUGGGAAUGUACUGCAGAGUGCAAACUCUAGCAUCUCAAGACGAAACAGUAAUCCGGAACCUGAAUGCCCAAUCCCAAGAGACCAUCGUAUCCACAGCAGCCCUGCCAUAUUGAACUUUAAUUUUGCAAUGUCGUCCAGUUCUUCUUCAGCCAACACUUUAAAGAAGACGCAAGACAAAACCAGCUCUUUCAUGAAUCCCAAGGUUACCCCGGACACUGGUAAAAAAGUACCCAACCUUCGGCGUCGACAUUCCUUGGCCCAUCCACUGGCAGUCAUGUCUAAUAACCGCUUCUCACUUCUGGCAGAUUUAUCUGAAGAAUCAGAGCUGUUGAUAUCAUGA